AAGCUAUGACACGAGAACGAGUGACAGACACUGGACUGAAUACGUAACAUGUUCACCGCUGCCAAAGUCCAAUUGUUUGAAUCAUCGAUCUCUCAGAUUAUGUUAUGCUGUAUCUAAGUAUUUAGAAUCCUGUGACAGAUGUGAGUGGCAGCAAAUAGGCUCAGCAACUACCUGCUUGCCUGUCCUGUGCUGUAUCAACCAUUGUUUCGUAGUUUCAGUGUAAGACUGUAGGCUGCACAACAUCAACCAACAAGCUCAAGUUGUAGAUGUAGGAGUAGGAGGAGUGCCGUAUAAAAAGUAAAGUGUAGAUCUAAAGCUUUCAAGUCCUCAGAAAAACGAAAUUUUGAGGUUCAAAGCCUACGACCUUACAAUGGCAGCUGUGUUAAAACAUUGGAGGGAAGCAGCAACCCUUAUACUUGUCAGCUCCUCCAAACUUUCACGAGUUGGUUUUCAGUUCGUGUCUAAUUCUGAACAAGGGUCUGUAAAAGAGAAAACAGAUGAUCAUGUCCUCAGACACAUCACUGGAAACGAUUUAUCAAAGCUCAAACCUUUAAACAAACCUGGUUCUGAGAAUUAUGAACUUUUAUUACUAAAACGAAGCAGCAAAAGCAAAUUCAUGCCCAAUCUUUACGUCUUUCCUGGUGGGGUUGCAGUGGACUCAGACUUUCAGUCUACUUGGCUUGAAUUGUUCAACUCUCUAGGUUCAGAAGUCCAGCGGGACAUGUUUAGUAAUAUGUCUGCUGGAUCAUCUCUUGCCGCACCUAUGUUUUCUCGGAGAAGAGAUGAGAAAUUUUCUUCAAUUCCAGCAGAAGUUGCUUUUCGUAUCUGUGCAAUUAGAGAAACAUUUGAAGAAUCUGGUGUGUUACUAGCAUGGCCAGCCAAGCUUGCAAAGAGUGUUGGCAGAUCCCUUCUAUCACCAAGUCAAGCAGGCUCCUGGGAUUCUUUCUUUGAUCUGCCGAUUGAUACUCAUGAUAUAUCUGAAUGGCGGCACCGUGUGAAUGCCAACCCAGAUGAGUUUUUUAAUAUGUGUCGAGAGUUGGAUCUUCUUCCAGCUAUUUGGACACUGUAUGAAUGGUCGAACUGGCUAACUCCAACCACUGCUGAAGAAAACAGACGGAGGUUUGACACGGCUUUCUACAUCUGCUGCAUUGACCAUAAACCUGAAGCUGCUGAGGAUGAAGGAGAGACAGUCAAUGCUCAGUGGGCAAAGCCAUCUUUAGUGCUGCUGGAGCAGUUUUCCAAGAAGGGUGGUCUUGCACCUCCUCAAAUCUACGAAAUAGCCAGGCUUCUGAACUUCAAUUCUGUUAGUGAUCUCCGGAAAAAUGCUUCUGAUCCUCACCGGGAACGAGUAGAAAGGCUUUUACCUGUGAUGGAAAUGUGCCAGGACUAUCUACUCUCAGUCUUACCAGGUGAUGAUCUUUACCCAAAGAAGCCAGAUUUGUACCACAAAAAUGAAGUCCAUCCUUUUGCUGAGACACUGGAACAGCUCAACCGCAAGUACCCAAACACUCACAGGACUGCCUCAAGACUACCGAGGACGAAGAUUACCCCGGAUGAAUUAAUUAUAGAGUGUUCCAUCGGCAGCAGGCGUUCCGGAAAUGUGUUGCCGGAUAUUCCAGCCGUAGUAGACCUGAUGGUGAAAUCUAAACUAUAGGUGUCACGACGCGGUGGAAUCAGGCGCUCGUCAAUUUUGGGGCAUGUAUGGAGUUAUUGCCUGUCCUCUUGCCUUGCUUUUGAUGUGAAAAUAUUCAUUUAUCUUAGAUACAAGUCAAGAUAUUGGUGAUUGAAGGAGGUGGGGGUCGCCUGGUUUCAGAGUUACAAUUAGCGAGAA